AUGUUUUUCUUCAAAGAUCUUUCGCUGAACAUCACAUUGCAUCCAUCCUUCUUUGGACCUCAGAUGAAGCAAUAUCUGAGGACAAAGCUUCUGCAAGAAGUGGAAGGAACGUGUACUGGUAAGUUUGGAUACAUCCUGUGCGUGUUAGACUGUGAUAAUGUGGAAAUAGAGCGUGGUAGAAUUUUGCCGGGUGAUGGUUCUGCGGAGUUUACUGUCAAAUAUCGCGCUGUGGUAUGGAAACCUUUCAAAGGAGAAGUCGUUGAUGGGAUUGUCUCAAGUUGCACAAACCUUGGUUUCGAAGUAGAUGUGGGCCCGCUGUCUGUCUUUGUAUCACCAUUUCUUAUGCCCGAGGAUCUCACAUAUAAUAGUGGGUCAAACCCACCAUCAUAUCAGAGCUCUGAGCAAAUUAUUACCAAAGGCUCCAGGGUGAGGUUAAAGAUUGUUGGUGCAAGAAGUGAAGUGAAUUCCAUUUAUGCUAUUGGUAGCAUUAAGGAAGACUACUUGGGUGUUAUAUAG